UCACCUCAGUUGGAGAUUAUCAAGCAAAUAGACAUGACGAAAAGUAAAUUUUUAUUCAGUGUUGGAGCACUAUUAUUUCUAAUUUCUAUAUUUAAUUCGGGUACAGCCAAUAAAUUUGAUGGAACAGCUGAGCUGUACAGGGUGUCUCCGGAAUCAAGUUCGCAUUAUGAUGCACAUAUUGCUUUGGUGAAAUUACGUGAGAAGCGCGACACACCGACAAUUUAUGCUAAAAAUCAGUAUGAAAGUGUGCCACAGAAUGCAAAUGCGACGAUCGGUGAUGUCAAAAAACCAGUGGAAACCGCCGCACCGUCGAAUAUAUCAUCGAUUGUGGUGCCAUAUAAAGCAGUCGACAUGCCCCUACUCGGCGUAAAUGGUACUGGCCAGCGGAAGGAUGCAGGCUUACAGUUGUCACAGCCAAAGACUACGAUUGUUUCCGCUCCCAUUCAGCCAACGGUAGGUGCUGCGGCUGCCUUGCCAACGGCACCUAAAAAUUCCACAUUAUCGCAGGAAACUAAGGCCAUUGAUCAGCCGACUGAAACGCCAGAAGAAAAAGUUUUAGAUAGCGUUGACGUGCCUGAUAACGAAACUCUCAGUGAAAUCCAAAAAACUAGUUAUACAGUCAAUUCUACCAAUGACCAUCACACCUACUAUAAUAGCUCCAUUUAUGUCGACCAAGCAGAAGCAGAUCGAGUGUGGGAAUCUGUCAAGAACUCUUCAUUCAAUUCCAUGCUCUCGCAAUCCCAUCGUCGUGCCAUGACUGUCGAAUUGAGUUUCGAAUUCCCCUUCUAUGGUCAUCCCGUUCGAAAUGUUACAGUAGCGACUGGCGGCUUCCUCUACACUGGUGAUUAUGUGCACUCUUGGCUAGCGGCAACCCAGUAUAUUGCACCGUUAAUGGCUAACUUCGACACAAGUUUAUCAAAUGAAUCGUUUGUUCGCACUAGGGAUAACGGCACUGCCUUCACUGUAAUUUGGGAGAAAGUUUCGUUGCAAGACAAAAAAGACGUAGGAAAGUUCACCUUUAGCGCAACGCUCCAUAAAAAUGGCAAUAUUGUUUUCAUUUAUUACUAUGUUCCAAUCGAUAUUAAUGCCAUUCAAGACGAUAAGCAUCCCGUUAAAGUGGGUCUUUCUGACGCUUACAUAAUUGACAAGACCGUUUUCUACACACGCAGGAAAACUAUUUAUGAAUACCAUCGCAUAAAUUUGUCUAAUAAUGGCAUAUCGAAUGCAACUAUCAUUUACUUACAAGCCCUUCCGACUUGCCUUGAUUAUAAGGACUGCGCAGCCUGCAUAAAUCACAAGACUUCAUUUGAUUGCGCAUGGUGUCCAACGCUAAAUAGGUGCUCAACCGGCACAGAUCGUAAAAAGCAAGAGUGGCAACAUAAAGGAUGUGAUCGUACUCAAAUCGUUAAUACAUCUGCUUGCCCUGCCCUUGGUCAGAAAGGUAACAAUGCAAUUGACAGCGGCAACACUAAUGCCAGUACGAACACUACUCCAACGGAUGUGCCCACUGAAAAUGUUAACAACAAUCAACAUGAAAGCAGCACGCAUGUAAGUGACACGAAUAGCGCCACGGUUACUCCGGUGCAUGAUGACAACCAUGCGGUGAAAGUAAUGAACGAAGCUUUGGAAUCACACGCCGAGUCGAAAAGUAUGGGGUUGGCUCUUGGUUUUUUGGUGCCCAUCUGCCUAGUGCUAACAGUCGUGCUAUGGGUGUUUUAUGCGUACAGAAAUCCACACACUAAAAGCGGUCAACUUCUUAUUCAGUACCGCCCAAGUCAAUGGUCAUGGAGACGUGGUGAAGCGCGUUACACAGCGGCAACGAUUCAUAUGUAAUGUAUUUAUAAAUGUCCCACCCUUUUCUCAGCAUUAUAGAAUGCUUCAAAAGCAUCUUCAAAUGCUGCUGCAUGUUUUGAGAAAGUUAGACAUUUCGUUAAUUAAGUUAAAUCUUUAUCUCUGUACUUUUAUUAAUAACUUUAUGAAAUCUAUUGGUACUAUAGCGAAUUUAUUCAGCAGAAAAUAUCGUUUAUUUGUGUUUUGUUGCAUUGCACCAUGAUCAACCAUUUACUUUUACUAAAUCAGUUUCAACUUUAGAGGGAACACGCUUUAAAAAUAACUAAAA